CGGCGAUCAGUCGAAUAAAAACAGUUAUCGGGUUAGGAGUUGGGUCGUUGUCUGUCUGUUUGCAAUCCUCCCAGAGAAGUGGAAAAGGAAGAAGAGGCCAAAGUGAAUCGAAAAGGGUCGCCUCCCACGAACUAGUGUGUAAGCGAACGAAUUGCAAGAGGUUUCCGCGUGUCGCAGAGCGGGAAAAGUGAAAAGCGAACGGUCGCGGACGAGAUUGCGUGUGGAGCAAUUUAACGAAUGUUGGAGCGCAGGAGAGGCGAAGGAACGGCCGAGUCCGCGCUGAGUGAUCGCGAGUGAGUGCCCACAUCCGGCAGGGUCAGGAAAGCGAGGAGCGAGCCCCCCAGCUCCCGCAAGCGCCCCGCGCAGUGGACAGUGCGAGUCCAGAACUCAGAAUUGUGUGUGAAUGUUUCGGAAGCGGAUAUUGCCCAAAACGUCAAGUGAGCGGAAGUGAGUCGGAAACGGAGCGGAAGUGCAGUGUCAGGUGAAUGACGAACGUCAGAAGGGUCAGCAGUCGAAGUGCCCCAAGUGCCUUUUAGUGGAGCCAGUGCCCUUGCGAGUCGAGGGAGUCGAGCCUGCAGGCGAAGAACUUGUUGCGUCGCUGCCCAUUGGAACGAGGCGAGCCAGGCGUAGUCACAGCGCCGGGACGGCAGCAUUCGAACGCAAGCGAAUUAUUUAUAACUUCUGCGAGCAUUCCCUUGUGGCGGCGCACUUGGAGGAAGGGACGGCUCGGACGCGGCUCCAAAGUCCGGAAUCCUUCGCAUAGGGGAGCGCUAUCGCCCCGAGCCAGCGCCAGCGUAGCAGAUCGCCGUCGUCGACAUUGUCGCUGUCGUUGCGGCCCCGCUCGCUCCGCCCGCCCAAUGCUCAGGUCUGGUCAACAAACUCGUUUUUAACCCAUACGCUGGCACCGAGACACGUUCUCGCACACACAUUUUAACCCACACGCCCGUACGCGCCCCAACACACGCGCCAGCCGUGGCCCAGCACUGCUCCACCGUCCCGUCUUGAGUUUAUUGUGCGAUCGCGCGCCGUGAGAGAGACUGCGGCAACUCCGGUCAGCCCGUGUGAGUGCCGUCUGAGUUGUUUCCCGAUCGUUUCCUCGCCGUUUUAUCUUUCCACGGUGAUUUCAAAAUAUAGAGUUCUUGGCUGUGUCGCGCCGUGCGAUCGCAGUCCCGCAGUUGUGUCCGCGCCAUAGUGCCUUUGCUGGGCUGUCUUCCCAUUGCGCCGCGGUCGUCGUCGUCGUCUCGAUCAACGUCUCGAGUCUCUGGCGUUUUCUUGGUGUUCCCAAUCGCGGUGCGCAUGUGCAGCCAGUCACCUUCUUACGAAAACUCGCAAGUUCUCCAAGUGUAUGCCGCGGCAGUGCGCACUCGUCGCAAGCCAGCCAGUCAGCGAAACUAGCCAGGAAGAUUUGUGGCUGCGACGCCAGAAAAAACAGCAUCAAGGAGACUCCCCCUCCGCCGCGGCCCGAAACGCAGCACCGGAAGCUGCGAAACCUGGAAGCAACUGGGAACGGAAGUAGCAGAGUCGCUGCCAGACGAUAGUCCUUCGCGUUGUGUGUCCUCCGCGUCCGCCUUAAUUGCUCAUAUCGCGCGCGAGUGUACAAUUUGUCGAGUGAGCCUUCAGGAAUAAAAGUGCCUUUGCCAGUGAUACUGAAUGUGCCUCGUGAACGAAUCGGGUCUUUGGUCAAGUAGUCUCCGAUUCGACCACGCUUCGAACAACCCCUUGGUGAAUUCAUAUACGUUUUAACUCUCUGCCUACGUCGACGUAGAACACGGUCCGCUCAUAGAAGCAGCGCCAAUUAUAUUUGUUUUAUCCUCAACGAGACAAGCAGCCACCGAAGCCAUGGCAGUCAACAACAACAACAACGCAACCAGCCCCAACCUAAACAACAACACAGUCGUCGAUCCGGACUCGAUAAAGCAGGGAAAUCUAGUCGUCCGCAUCGACCAGGACUCAGAUGACAACCUUCAGGCUCUGUUUGACUCAGUCCUGAAGCCGGGCGACACCAGUCGUCCGUUACAAGUGCCAUUACGUAUGCGUAAGCUACCAGACUCAUUUUUCCAUCCGCCAGCGUCCGGAUCCAAGUCCUCGUCAGUGUCACACUCACGUGCCAACAGUACAGACUCGGCAUUCAGCACAGGAUCACAGACGGCGAUCGGAAGCAGCGGAGCCACAGGAGUGACCUCUGCACAGCCACCCGUCUCGACGGUGGCCUCAAUUGCAAAUCGCGGCCUGGCAAUCAGCCACUCCCGCGCCCACAGCAGUCCCGCUUCACUGCAACAGACCUACGCCGGACUAGGGGGCGGAAAUACACAGAAUAACAAUGCCACGACGGGCACAACAAACGGACCACCCGGCGCAAAUGCAACAGGUCAGACGAAUCCAGUGGUUCAGCAUAUGAAGCAGCGAUCAUACGAUGUGGUCAGUUCGAUACAACUGCAGGCGGAACUCGGCGACUUGCCAGUUGGAUGGGAGCAGGCUCGAACUCCAGAAGGACAGAUCUAUUAUUUGAAUCACAUCACAAAGACCACACAAUGGGAAGAUCCCAGAACACAGAUUGCUCAACAGCAACAACAGGCGGCCUUAGCACAACAACAGACUAUUCAACAGACAGCUGCAACACAAGCAAAAGAUACAACAGUAGAUCCGCUAGGUUCAUUACCAGAAGGCUGGGAACAGGCAGUGACAUCUUCUGGUGAAAUAUACUUUAUUAACCACAUUAAUCGUACCACUUCUUGGUUUGAUCCAAGAAUAUCUGACUAUCUUCAAAGAGCUAGCUCAUUAUCGACACGAUCCGACUUAGCACAAUCAAAUAACUGGAUAAAUAUACGAAACUUGGAAAAAGAACGUGAAUAUUUAAAGCAACGGCAACAGGAAAUUCAACAUCAAGAUUUAUUGACACGUCAAAAUCAACAGACUAUGGGACUACAGAUGGAUCCAUUCUUGUCGGGUAUUACGGAUCACACAAGACAAGAGUCAGGAGACAGUGGAUUGAGCUUAUCGUCAAAUAACUUCUCUGUAACACCCGACUUUUUAUCAAAUAUAGACGAUGGAAUGGACUGCCUAAGUGAAAGCGGUAACUUGGAUUCAUUAAGUGGACUCGAUAGUGCUGAUGAUUUGGUCCCAUCAUUACAGCUCGGAGACAACCUAUGUACUGAAAUGCUUAACGAUGUUCAGAGUCUGAUAAACUCGCCAUCAACGAAACCCGAUAAUCUGAAUUGGUAUAAAAUGAACAUUUCAUGAAUACAAUAAAAUGACGAAGCGAAAAAUAUUAUCAGAUAUACAGAUACAAAAUAGAAAAGAAAACUGAAACUGAUAAGCAAUUUAUACUACUAUUUACGAUACUACAAAGUAAUGAGAAUACUAAACGUAUAUUCAACAGCAAUACAAAUUUAUCAAAAUAAUUAAUCGAAACGUAAGUACGAAACUGAACUACAUUGAGUAGGUUUACAAGAAACAGAAAAAAAAAUUAGUUGAUACUAAUGAAAUGAGGAAAAUAAGCAAAAGGAUAAGAGAUAACAAGAACGAGUAAAUACAGAAGAAAAAUAUAAACACACGCAGGCAAAUUAAGUGACCUUAAGAUGAAAUGCAAUAUAAAUACAUAAUUAUAAAUAUUUGUUGUAAAAUGUAUGUAACCCUGGCGGUUAUGUUCGUUUAUACACAAUUUUUGUAAAGUUUUAAGUUCUUUAAUUUUCUUCCCAAGUGUAUUGUUCAAUACUUUUUUUUGUCAAUCGAUUUGCAUUUUCUUUUUUUUCUCUAAAAGUUUUAUUAGGAAAUUUAAGAGACAUAUCCGUUUAAUGAAAUGAAAAUUAUUAAAAAUGUUAAAAAUAUAUAUAAACAUAUACAUUUUUACUAUAUAUACAUUACACAAAGAUAAUAACGAAAGUAUAUACCACGCGAAAAAUACAUUUUUUUUUAUCUAGAAAAAGUGUCUGUAUGUUUAUUUUAUCAUUUUAUUUAGUUUAUCCUUUAUAUGAUGCAACUUAAUUUCUUAUAGUUUUCUUUUAAUUUGUUCUACUUUUGAUGAUAGUUUUAUGUUUCUUUUCUGUUUUUGUAUUAUUAUCAUUUAAAUUUAGAUAGUUAUUAAAUUUCAAUGAUAAGAUUUACAUUUUUAAGACUACAAAUACAAAUUUACUGUAGGGAAUGAUUAAACAAACUUUUAUAUACACACCCAAUAUGUGGAGUGAUAUCAUGGAAAUUUUUAAAUAAGAAAUUUAGUGUUAAAAUUGUAAUUUUAAAAAAAUAAUUAUAUAAAAAAAAAUUAUCAGAUUAUGAUUGGUUACUUAAAAAUUUUACAAGCAACGUUUUCAGUGUAUUAACAAUAUUAUGUGAAAGUCAAGUUUGUAGUUUAUUAUUGUGUUUUUUAUUUUUUUCUUUUCGUACAUAUCGAGAAAUAUCAUUGUGAAAUAAGUUGGAAGUUUAGCAUAGAAUACAGAAUAGUCCACGAGUGAGAUUUUAACGAAACAACAAAUGUAUAGAGAAUAGAAUAUGAAAUGCCAACUAGAAAGAUUACACCAGAUAUGACUACAUUCAGCACCCUAAGCAGCAGGUCUGCUUACAAAAGAUCGAAAGUUUAACAGAUUCAAAGACUUAAGGGAUGCAAAUCAGGCUUGAUUGCAUUCUGGACGAGGCAAAGGGAGUUAAUUCCGCCCGGCAGAUGAAAGUCUCAAUUUGAAAUAAUAUUCUAACCACAAAUCAUGGCCUCGGCAUUCCAGAAUUUCUAUUCUCUAUACAUUGAAAGUGGACGCAGUUCUAUGCAAAACAAUUGAUACUUUCUUCUAAACUAUUGUGCAAGUCCAAAAUUAGAUUCUUUUUCUUAGAUUUGACAUCGUUUUAGCGAGAUAAGUUAAGUGUAAGAUAUUUUAUUUUUAAUAUAUAGACAGACGAUUUAUUGCCAUUAAUUUCUUUUUGAAUACAUACAGAUAACAUCUAAUAAAUUCCCGGAAAAUUGGGAGAAGCAUGUUAGUAGUAAUAUUUGUAUGAUCUUUAAUACAAUAUUUACAUACAAAGUUGGAAAAUUUCCUACAAAAAAAAAUCAUUAAUUCUAUAUACGUUAGUUUUUAUUCUUGUUAAAUUUUUUUCUGAAUGUUUCAAAAAGUUUUAAUAGUUUUGGUUACAUUUUAACAAUCAUUAAUCGGUUUAAUGUAAAAGAGAAAUUUCAUGGGAUUGAUUAAAUUGCACGAGUCUUAUGUGGAAGGCUAACAGUCUUGGCUUUGUUUACAGGCGGUGUGAUAGCUGGAAAUCAGUUUCAAAAUUCUAAUGGGAGAUCGGCAAUAUUUGUUUUAUCUUUUUUUUUUCUGAUAGACUUAGACUAUUUUUAUUAUCUAUAAUCAAAUUUCGUAUAGGGAAUAUAGAGAGAGUUUACAAUAUAAAUGUAUUUUCUGCGAUGACAUGAUUUCACUGAAUGUUUAGAUUUGAUUGCCCAAUAAAAGCUGAAGCUGUCGUGCAAAGCUUGGAGGCAAAUCAUGGACCGAAAAGUGCCUUUGUGAAAUCUGUUCGUUGCGUUACUUUAGGAUGUUGUUUUAGGUAUAGAUAAUUGAAAUUCACGUCUGCUGUUUUAAGAAACUCUAAAUUUUGAAUGUUAGGCAAACAGUUAAAAGGUAUUUAGGAAAAGUUAUUAUUUUUACUAUCGCAAAACUAGAUAUGUGUCUUCUGAGUACUAACUUCAAACAGAAAUUUACUUGUUGAAAGUUUUACUUCUUUAUUUAUAUAAACAAAUAUAUUUUUAUGACAAUCAAUAGAUAAGAUAUGAGCUUAAGUCUAAAUUUCUAUUCAGUAUAAUUCUUGUUUAUUUGUUAUUUAGUUAGGCAGUUAAAGUACUUUUGAGUUAAUUGAUGUCUGUCCCGGGGGAUGGUUUGAAAAUUGUAUCCAAACUUUUAUAACUUUCAUCUAAAUUUGAAAUCUAGUUUGACCCCGAUUCAAUUUACAUUUAUAGAUUUCAUGGAAGAGCGAACUUAAUAGCUAGCUUAUUUAUUUUUUAUGUUUCAUUAGUUGUGCAAAGACUACUAUAAUUGAUUCAUACAUUCCGAUAUAAAUAACUAUAUUACAUACACAAACACAAUCGAAUGCAAAGCAAAAGCAGAAAAUGCGAAGGGUAUAAUCAGCAUUUUUAAAGUACGAAGCAUUUAACGAAUUAAAAAUGAAAAUAUGAUGUUGGAAAUCUAUUCAUGCAAAUUGAAAUGGGGUGUUUUCCAUUCUUUUUUUAUUUUAUUUUUUUUUAUUAGUUAAUUUUGAAUUCCGUUCCAGACUUAUUUUGUUUGUUUUUUUAUUAUUUAAAUUUAAUAGUAAAUUUUCAAACCAUUCCCAAAUUAAUUAUAAUCGUUCUUCGUAUUUAGAAAGUCAUUUAAAUUUGGCAAUUUCAAUAUUAUGGUUGGUAAAAUUUUCGCGGUAACUAGAAACUCAGUAAUGAUCGUGGAUGAAACAGAAAAUCUCUUCAAUUCCACACUGAACUGGAUAUAGUUCGACACUCGGUAUAUUUGCUAGGGAACAUAACAACAAUAAUAAAUUUUCUUGAAUGCUUUUAUCUGUUUCGUAGAGGAAUAAAAAUAAUAGACAGAUUUAACAAAAAACCAAGAAGUCCACAAACAAAGCCAAGCCAUGUUAAAAUAAACAAAUUAUCAAGAAAUUUCCUUUUGAUAAUAACACCAACAUUCAGCAUGGACAAAAAUGAGAUUAACUUAACUAAAGGAAAACUGUCAAAGCUGUCUGCCUGUCUGUAUUUAAAAAUAAAAUAUAUUACCUUUAGAAAAUCGCAAAAGAAUUUAUUGACAAGAUCAAAAAUGUGCGCAUUCUAUGGAGAGAAUCAUUUAGAACACAAUAAUAAAACUAUAAAUCAUAUAAAAUGAAAUAUCUACAAUACAACCACAAUGCAAUUGUUAUAAAUCUGCUCGAUCUCAGUACAUGUUUUGCUCAACUAGAAAUGGGCAGAAAGUAAUUCAAUAGGAAAUAUUCUAAUAUUUAUAGCAAUUGCCCAUGCUCAGACUGAAACUUUCAUAUGCUCACCGUAAUAUUUGCUCAAAA